GCCUUGCAUUACAUUCCAGGAGACUGUGAAUCUGGGCGGAGCCCCAGUCGUCGGCAUGUCGUGUGCCGGGCAGUCGCUGAGUUCCGGAGCUGCCCUGGCUUUCACGACUUGGACUCUGGCUCAGGUGCGCUUGACUCCAUGCACUUCAACACGGGAGCAGCCGUCCUCUAGGCCAGCUUGGAGGCUGGUGUUUAGAGGCCCGGAGAGGCACGAAGCAGCCGGCAAUCUGGUGGGCAACGGCCCAGCCGGACGUUAGGCGUCAUGCCGUGAGGCGUCAUGCCGUCACGUCCGGCUGGGGGGCAACGGGACGGGGAGUGGCUAGGGAAACCGUGCGUGCUUGGUGCCGUUGCGGAUUCUCUUUCAUGUACGUGUUGGGUAGAAUACGCAUUGCGGUUGCCUGAGGUCACCUUUGUGGCGACUGACCCAGAUGCGGGCGCCUCCAUCUCGGUCACCAGCAGCGGGGGACUGCCGGCAGGUGCGGCCCUGUCCGCCAGCUCGGGCGCAGCGCCCUUCACCACGGUGUUCUCAUGGACGCCCACCGCGGCCUCCCCCAGCUCCGGCGUGGUGCAGCUCAUCUUCAAAGACAACACCAACCUGCAGGCCUCGCCCAAUGCCUCCAUCCCCAGCUCCGCCAAGCCCCCACCCCCCGUCUCCGUCUCCUCCAUAUCCAAGCCCACUUCCUCCUUCCCCGGCUCCGCCAAGCCCCCUGCCCCCUUCCCCGGUCCCGCCGAACCCAAAGCCUCCAUCGCCUGCGCCGCCCAGUCCGAAGCCGCCCAGCCCUGCACCGCCCACCCGGAGCCUCCCAGCCCCGAACCUCCGUCGCCGUCACCGCCUAGCCCUGCGCCGCCCAGCCCGGAGCCUCCGUCGCCAGAGCCGCCUAGCCCUGCGCCGCCCAGCCCUGCACCGCCCAGCCCUGAGCCUCCGUCGCCAGAGCCGCCUAGCCCUGCGCCGCCCAGCCCGGAGCCGCCUAGCCCGGAGCCUCCCAGCCCUGAGCCUCCGUCGCCGGAGCCUCCGAGCCCUGCGCCGCCCAGCCCCGAACCUCCGUCGCCGGAGCCUCCGAGCCCUGCGCCGCCCAGCCCGGAGCCUCCCAGCCCGGAGCCUCCAAGCCCCGAGCCUCCGUCGCCAGAGCCGCCUAGCCCUGCGCCGCCCAGCCCGGAGCCGCCUAGCCCGGAGCCUCCCAGCCCUGAGCCUCCGUCGCCGGAGCCUCCGAGCCCUGCGCCGCCCAGCCCCGAACCUCCGUCGCCGGAGCCUCCGAGCCCUGCGCCGCCCAGCCCGGAGCCUCCCAGCCCGGAGCCUCCCAGCCCGGGUCCUCCCAGCCCCGAACCUCCGUCGCCGUCACCGCCUAGCCCUGCGCCGCCCAGCCCCGACCCUCCGUCGCCGGAGCCGCCCAGCCCGGAGCCUCCCAGCCCGGAACCUCCCAGCCCCGAGCCUCCGUCGCCGGAGCCUCCGAGCCCUGCGCCGCCCAGCCCGGAGCCGCCUAGCCCGGAGCCUCCCAGCCCUCAGCCUCCGUCGCCGGAGCCGCCCAGCCCGGAGCCUCCCAGCCCGGAGCCUCCCAGCCCCGAGCCUCCGUCGCCGGAGCCGCCUAGCCCUGCGCCGCCCAGCCCCGAGCCGCCUAGCCCGGAGCCUCCCAGCCCUCAGCCUCCGUCGCCGGAGCCACCUAGCCCUGCACCACCCAGCCCGGAGCCUCCCAGCCCGGAGCCUCCCAGCCCCGAACCUCCGUCGCCGGAGCCGCCUAGCCCUGCGCCGCCCAGCCCUGCGCCGCCUAGCCCGGAGCCUCCCAGCCCGGAGCCUCCCAGCCCCGAGCCUCCGUCGCCGGAGCCUCCGAGCCCUGCGCCGCCCAGCCCGGAGCCGCCUAGCCCGGAGCCUCCCAGCCCUCAGCCUCCGUCGCCGGAGCCGCCCAGCCCGGAGCCUCCCAGCCCGGAGCCUCCAAGCCCCGAGCCUCCGUCGCCAGAGCCGCCUAGCCCUGCGCCGCCCAGCCCGGAGCCUCCCAGCCCGGGUCCUCCCAGCCCCGAACCUCCGUCGCCGUCACCGCCUAGCCCUGCGCCGCCCAGCCCCGACCCUCCGUCGCCGGAGCCGCCCAGCCCGGAGCCUCCCAGCCCGGAACCUCCCAGCCCCGAGCCUCCGUCGCCGGAGCCUCCGAGCCCUGCGCCGCCCAGCCCGGAGCCGCCUAGCCCGGAGCCUCCCAGCCCUCAGCCUCCGUCGCCGGAGCCGCCCAGCCCGGAGCCUCCCAGCCCGGAGCCUCCAAGCCCCGAGCCUCCGUCGCCAGAGCCGCCUAGCCCUGCGCCGCCCAGCCCGGAGCCGCCUAGCCCGGAGCCUCCCAGCCCUGAGCCUCCGUCGCCGGAGCCUCCGAGCCCUGCGCCGCCCAACCCCGAACCUCCGUCGCCGGAGCCUCCGAGCCCUGCGCCGCCCAGCCCGGAGCCUCCCAGCCCGGAGCCUCCCAGCCCGGGUCCUCCCAGCCCCGAACCUCCGUCGCCGUCACCGCCUAGCCCUGCGCCGCCCAGCCCGGAGCCUCUCAGCCCGGAGCCUCCAAGCCCCGAGCCUCCGUCGCCAGAGCCGCCUAGCCCUGCGCCGCCCAGCCCGGAGCCUCCCAGCCCGGGUCCUCCCAGCCCCGAACCUCCGUCGCCGUCACCGCCUAGCCCUGCGCCACCCAGCCCCGACCCUCCGUCGCCGGAGCCGCCCAGCCCGGAGCCUCCCAGCCCGGAACCUCCCAGCCCCGAGCCUCCGUCGCCGGAGCCGCCUAGCCCUGCGCCGCCCAGCCCCGAGCCGCCUAGCCCGGAGCCUCCCAGCCCCGAGCCUCCGUCGCCGGAGCCGCCUAGCCCUGCGCCGCCCAGCCCCGAGCCGCCUAGCCCGGAGCCUCCCAGCCCUCAGCCUCCGUCGCCGGACCCUGCGCCGCCCAGCCCAGUGCCGCCUAGCCCGGAGCCGCCCAGCCCGGAGCCUCCCAGCCCCGAGCCUCCGUCGCCGGAGCCUCCGAGCCCUGCGCCGCCCAGCCCGGAGCCGCCUAGCCCGGAGCCUCCCAGCCCUGAGCCUCCGUCGCCGGAGCCGCCCAGCCCGGAGCCUCCCAGCCCGGAGCCUCCCAGCCCCGAGCCUCCGUCGCCGGAGCCGCCUAGCCCUGCGCCGCCCAGCCCGGAGCCUCCCAGCCCGGAGCCUCCCAGCCCCGAACCUCCGUCGCCGGAGCCGCCUAGCCCUGCGCCGCCCAGCCCCGAGCCGCCUAGCCCGGAGCCUCCCAGCCCUGAGCCUCCGUCGCCGGAGCCUCCUAGCCCUGAGCCUCCCAGCCCGGAGCCUCCCAGCCCGGAGCCUCCCAGCCCCGAGCCUCCGAGCCCGGAGCCGCCUAGCCCUGAGCCGCCCAGCCCUGAGCCGCCUAGCCCGGAGCCUCCCAGCCCGGAGCCUCCCAGCCCCGAGCCUCCAUCGCCGUCACCGCCUAGCCCUGCGCCGCCCAGCCCGGAGCCGCCUAGCCCGGAGCCUCCCAGCCCUGAGCCUCCGUCGCCGGAGCCUCCGAGCCCUGCGCCGCCCAGCCCCGAACCUCCGUCGCCGGAGCCUUCAAGCCCCGAACCUCCGUCGCCGUCGCCGCCUAGCCCUGCGCCGCCCAGCCCGGAGCCGCCCAGCCCGGGUCCUCCCAGCCCAGAACCUCCGUCGCCGGUACCGCCUAGCCCUGCGCCGCCCAGGCCCGACUCUCCGUCGCCGGAGCCGCCCAGCCCGGAUCCUCCCAGCCCGGAGCCUCCCAGCCCCGAUUCUCCGUCGCCGGAGCCGCCUAGCCCUGCGCCGCCCAGCCCAGUGCCGCCUAGCCCGGAGCCGCCCAGCCCGGAGCCUCCCAGCCUCGAGCCUCCGUCGCCGGAGCCUCCGAGCCCUGCGCCGCCCAGCCCGGAGCCUCCCAGCCCGGAGCCUCCAAGCCCCGAGCCUCCGUCUCCAGAGCCGCCUAGCCCUGCGCCGCCCAGCCCGGAGCCUCCCAGCCCGGAGCCUCCCAGCCCCGAGCCUCCGUCGCCGUCACCGCCGAGCCCUGCGCCGCCCAGCCCGGAGCCGCCCAGCCCGGACCCGGAGCCGCCUAGCCCGGAGCCUCCCAGCCCUCAGCCUCCGUCGCCGGAGCCGCCCAGCCCGGAGCCUUCCAGCCCGGAGCCUCCAAGCCCCGAGCCUCCGUCGCCAGAGCCGCCUAGCCCUGCGCCGCCCAGCCCGGAGCCGCCUAGCCCGGAGCCUCCCAGCCCUCAGCCUCCGUCGCCGGAGCCUCCGUCGCCGGAGCCUCCCAGCCCGGAGCCUCCAAGCCCCGAGCCUCCGUCGCCGUCACCGCCUAGCCCUGCGCCGCCCAGCCCGGAGCCGCCUAGCCCGGAGCCUCCCAGCCCUGAGCCUCCGUCGCCGGAGCCUCCGAGCCCUGCGCCGCCCAGCCCCGAACCUCCGUCGCCGGAGCCUUCAAGCCCCGAACCUCCGUCGCCGUCACCGCCUAGCCCUGCGCCGCCCAGCCCGGAGCCGCCCAGCCCGGGUCCUCCCAGCCCAGAACCUCCGUCGCCGUUACCGCCUAGCCCUGCGCCGCCCAGCCCCGACCCUCCGUCGCCGGAGCCGCCCAGCCCGGAUCCUCCCAGCCCGGAGCCUCCCAGCCCCGAACCUCCGUCGCCGGAGCCGCCUAGCCCUGCGCCGCCCAGCCCAGUGCCGCCUAGCCCGGAGCCGCCCAGCCCGGAGCCUCCCAGCCCCGAGCCUCCGUCGCCGGAGCCUCCGAGCCCUGCGCCGCCCAGCCCGGAGCCUCCUAGCCCGGAGCCUCCCAGCCCCGAGCCUCCGUCGCCGGAGCCGCCUAGCCCUGCGCCGCCCAGCCCGGAGCCUCCCAGCCCGAGGCCUCCCAGCCCCGAACCUCCGUCGCCGGAGCCGCCUAGCCCUGCGCCGCCCAGCCCCGAGCCGCCUAGCCCGGAGCCUCCCAGCCCUCAGCCUCCGUCGCCGGAGCCACCUAGCCCUGCACCACCCAGCCCGGACCCGCCUAGCCCUGCACCACCCAGUCCCGAGCCUCCGUCGCCGUCACCGCCGAGCCCUGCGCCGCCCAGCCCGGAGCCUCCCAGCCCGGAGCCUCCCAGCCCAGAACCUCCGUCGCCGUUACCGCCUAGCCCUGCGCCGCCCAGCCCCGACCCUCCGUCGCCGGAGCCGCCCAGCCCGGAUCCUCCCAGCCCGGAGCCUCCCAGCCCCGAACCUCCGUCGCCGGAGCCGCCUAGCCCUGCGCCGCCCAGCCCAGUGCCGCCUAGCCCGGAGCCGCCCAGCCCGGAGCCUCCCAGCCCCGAGCCUCCGUCGCCGGAGCCUCCGAGCCCUGCGCCGCCCAGCCCGGAGCCGCCUAGCCCGGAGCCUCCCAGCCCUGAGCCUCCGUCGCCGGAGCCGCCCAGCCCGGAGCCUCCCAGCCCGGAGCCUCCCAGCCCCGAGCCUCCGUCGCCGGAGCCGCCUAGCCCUGCGCCGCCCAGCCCGGAGCCUCCCAGCCCGAGGCCUCCCAGCCCCGAACCUCCGUCGCCGGAGCCGCCUAGCCCUGCGCCGCCCAGCCCCGAGCCGCCUAGCCCGGAGCCUCCCAGCCCUCAGCCUCCGUCGCCGGAGCCACCUAGCCCUGCACCACCCAGCCCGGAGCCUCCCAGCCCGGAGCCUCCCAGCCCCGAACCUCCGUCACCGGAGCCGCCUAGCCCUGCGCCGCCCAGCCCUGCGCCGCCUAGCCCGGAGCCUCCCAGCCCGGAGCCUCCCAGCCCCGAGCCUCCGAGCCCUGCACCGCCUAGCCCUGCGCCGCCCAGCCCGGAGCCGCCUAGCCCGGAGCCUCCCAGCCCUGAGCCUCCGUCGCCGGAGCCUCCGAGCCCUGCGCCGCCCAGCCCCGAACCUCCGUCGCCGGAGCCUUCAAGCCCCGAACCUCCGUCGCCGUCACCGCCUAGCCCUGCGCCGCCCAGCCCGGAGCCGCCCAGCCCGGGUCCUCCCAGCCCAGAACCUCCGUCGCCGUUACCGCCUAGCCCUGCGCCGCCCAGCCCCGACCCUCCGUCGCCGGAGCCGCCCAGCCCGGAUCCUCCCAGCCCGGAGCCUCCCAGCCCCGAACCUCCGUCGCCGGAGCCGCCUAGCCCUGCGCCGCCCAGCCCAGUGCCGCCUAGCCCGGAGCCGCCCAGCCCGGAGCCUCCCAGCCCCGAGCCUCCGUCGCCGGAGCCUCCGAGCCCUGCGCCGCCCAGCCCGGAGCCUCCUAGCCCGGAGCCUCCCAGCCCCGAGCCUCCGUCGCCGGAGCCGCCUAGCCCUGCGCCGCCCAGCCCGGAGCCUCCCAGCCCGAGGCCUCCCAGCCCCGAACCUCCGUCGCCGGAGCCGCCUAGCCCUGCGCCGCCCAGCCCCGAGCCGCCUAGCCCGGAGCCUCCCAGCCCUCAGCCUCCGUCGCCGGAGCCACCUAGCCCUGCACCACCCAGCCCGGAGCCUCCCAGCCCGGAGCCUCCCAGCCCCGAACCUCCGUCACCGGAGCCGCCUAGCCCUGCGCCGCCCAGCCCUGCGCCGCCUAGCCCGGAGCCUCCCAGCCCGGAGCCUCCCAGCCCCGAGCCUCCGUCGCCGGAGCCUCCGAGCCCUGCGCCGCCCAGCCCGGAGCCGCCUAGCCCGGAGCCUCCCAGCCCUGAGCCUCCGUCGCCGGAGCCGCCCAGCCCGGAGCCUCCCAGCCCCGAGCCUCCGUCGCCGGAGCCGCCUAGCCCUGCGCCGCCCAGCCCCGAGCCGCCUAGCCCGGAGCCUCCCAGCCCUCAGCCUCCGUCGCCGGAGCCGCCCAGCCCGGAGCCUUCCAGCCCGGAGCCUCCAAGCCCCGAGCCUCCGUCGCCAGAGCCGCCUAGCCCUGCGCCGCCCAGCCCGGAGCCGCCUAGCCCGGAGCCUCCCAGCCCUCAGCCUCCGUCGCCGGAGCCUCCGUCGCCGGAGCCUCCCAGCCCGGAGCCUCCAAGCCCCGAGCCUCCAUCGCCGUCACCGCCUAGCCCUGCGCCGCCCAGCCCGGAGCCGCCUAGCCCGGAGCCUCCCAGCCCUGAGCCUCCGUCGCCGGAGCCUCCGAGCCCUGCGCCGCCCAGCCCCGAACCUCCGUCGCCGGAGCCUUCAAGCCCCGAACCUCCGUCGCCGUCACCGCCUAGCCCUGCGCCGCCCAGCCCGGAGCCGCCCAGCCCGGGUCCUCCCAGCCCAGAACCUCCGUCGCCGUUACCGCCUAGCCCUGCGCCGCCCAGCCCCGACCCUCCGUCGCCGGAGCCGCCCAGCCCGGAUCCUCCCAGCCCGGAGCCUCCCAGCCCCGAUUCUCCGUCGCCGGAGCCGCCUAGCCCUGCGCCGCCCAGCCCAGUGCCGCCUAGCCCGGAGCCGCCCAGCCCGGAGCCUCCCAGCCUCGAGCCUCCGUCGCCGGAGCCUCCGAGCCCUGCGCCGCCCAGCCCGGAGCCUCCCAGCCCGGAGCCUCCAAGCCCCGAGCCUCCGUCGCCAGAGCCGCCUAGCCCUGCGCCGCCCAGCCCGGAGCCUCCCAGCCCGGAGCCUCCCAGCCCCGAGCCUCCGUCGCCGUCACCGCCGAGCCCUGCGCCGCCCAGCCCGGAGCCGCCCAGCCCGGAGCCUCCAAGCCCCGAGCCUCCGUCGCCGGAGCCUCCGAGCCCUGCACCGCCCAGCCCGGAGCCGCCUAGCCCGGAGCCUCCCAGCCCUCAGCCUCCGUCGCCGGAGCCGCCCAGCCCGGAGCCUCCCAGCCCGGAGCCUCCAAGCCCCGAGCCUCCGUCGCCAGAGCCGCCUAGCCCUGCGCCGCCCAGCCCGGAGCCUCCCAGCCCGGAGCCUCCCAGCCCCGAGCCUCCGUCGCCGUCACCGCCGAGCCCUGCGCCGCCCAGCCCGGAGCCGCCUAGCCCGGAGCCUCCCAGCCCUGAGCCUCCGUCGCCGGAGCCUCCGAGCCCUGCGCCGCCCAGCCCCGAACCUCCGUCGCCGGAGCCUUCAAGCCCUGCGCCGCCCAGCCCCGACCCUCCGUCGCCGGAGCCGCCCAGCCCGGAUCCUCCCAGCCCGGAGCCUCCCAGUUCCGAUUCUCCGUCGCCGGAGCCGCCUAGCCCUGCGCCGCCCAGCCCAGUGCCGCCUAGCCCGGAGCCGCCUAGCCCGGAGCCUCCCAGCCCCGAGCCUCCGUCGCCGGAGCCUCCGAGCCCUGCGCCGCCCAGCCCGGAGCCGCCCAGCCCGGAGCCGCCCAGCCCCGAGCCUCCGUCGCCGGAGCCGCCUAGCCCUGCGCCGCCCAGCCCCGAGCCGCCUAUCCCGGAGCCUCCCAGCCCCGAGCCUCCGUCGCCGGAGCCGCCUAGCCCUGCACCACCCAGCCCGGAGCCGCCUAGCCCGGGUCCUCCCAGCCCAGAACCUCCGUCGCCGUCACCGCCUAGCCCUGCGCCUCCCAGCCCCGACCCUCCGUCGCCGGAGCCGCCCAGCCCGGAGCCUCCCAGCCCGGAGCCUCCCAGCCCCGAGCCUCCGUCGCCGGAGCCUCCGAGCCCUGCACCGCCCAGCCCGGAGCCGCCUAGCCCGGAGCCUCCCAGCCCUCAGCCUCCGUCGCCGGAGCCGCCCAGCCCGGAGCCUCCCAGCCCGGAGCCGCCCAGCCCCGAGCCUCCGUCGCCGGAGCCUUCAAGCCCUGCGCCGCCCAGCCCCGACCCUCCGUCGCCGGAGCCGCCCAGCCCGGAUCCUCCCAGCCCGGAGCCUCCCAGCCCCGAUUCUCCGUCGCCGGAGCCGCCUAGCCCUGCGCCGCCCAGCCCAGUGCCGCCUAGCCCGGAGCCGCCUAGCCCGGAGCCUCCCAGCCCCGAGCCUCCGUCGCCGGAGCCUCCGAGCCCUGCGCCGCCCAGCCCGGAGCCGCCCAGCCCGGAGCCGCCCAGCCCCGAGCCUCCGUCGCCGGAGCCGCCUAGCCCUGCGCCGCCCAGCCCCGAGCCGCCUAUCCCGGAGCCGCCCAGCCCCGAGCCUCCGUCGCCGGAGCCGCCUAGCCCUGCGCCGCCCAGCCCCGAGCCGCCUAUCCCGGAGCCGCCCAGCCCCGAGCCUCCGUCGUCGGAGCCGCCCAGCCCUGCGCCGCCCAGCCCAGUGCCGCCUAGCCCGGAGCCUCCCAGCCCGGAGCCGCCUAGCCCGGAGCCUCCCGGCCCUGAGCCUCCGUCGCCGGAGCCUCCGAGCCCUGCGCCGCCCAGCCCCGAACCUCCGUCGCCGGAGCCUUCAAGCCCUGCGCCACCCAGCCCGGAGCCGCCUAGCCCGGGUCCUCCCAGCCCAGAACCUCCGUCGCCGUCACCGCCUAGCCCUGCGCCUCCCAGCCCCGACCCUCCGUCGCCGGAGCCGCCCAGCCCGGAGCCUCCCAGCCCGGAGCCUCCCAGCCCCGAGCCUCCGUCGCCGGAGCCUCCGAGCCCUGCACCGCCCAGCCCGGAGCCGCCUAGCCCGGAGCCUCCCAGCCCUCCGCCUCCGUCGCCGGAGCCGCCCAGCCCGGAGCCUCCCAGCCCGGAGCCGCCCAGCCCCGAGCCUCCGUCGCCGGAGCCGCCUAGCCCUGCGCCGCCCAGCCCCGAGCCGCCUAUCCCGGAGCCUCCCAGCCCUCAGCCUCCGUCGCCGGAGCCGCCUAGCCCUGCACCACCCAGCCCGGACCCGCCUAGCCCUGCACCGCCCAGUCCCGAGCCUCCGUCGCCGUCACCGCCGAGCCCUGCGCCGCCCAGCCCGGAGCCUCCCAGCCCGGAGCCUCCCAGCCCCGAGCCUCCGUCGCCGGAGCCGCCUAGCCCUGCGCCGCCCAGCCCGGAGCCUCCCAGCCCCGAACCUCCGUCGCCGGAGCCUCCGAGCCCUGCGCCGCCCAGCCCAGUGCCGCCCAGCCCGGAGCCUCCCAGCCCCGAGCCUCCGUCGCCGGAGCCGCCUAGCCCUGCGCCGCCCAGCCCGGAGCCUCCCAGCCCGGAGCCUCCAAGCCCCGAGCCUCCGUCGCCGGAGCCGCCUAGCCCUGCGCCGCCCAGCCCUGCGCCGCCUAGCCCGGAGCCUCCCAGCCCUCAGCCUCCGUCGCCGGAACCACCUAGCCCUGCACCACCCAGCCCGGACCCGCCUAGCCCUGCACCGCCCAGUCCCGAGCCUCCGUCGCCGUCACCGCCGAGCCCUGCGCCGCCCAGCCCGGAGCCUCCCAGCCCGAGGCCUCCCAGACCCGAACCUCCGUCGCCGGAGCCGCCGAGCCCGGCGCCGCCGAGCCCGGAGCCUCCCAGCCCGGAGCCGCCCAGCCCCGAGCCUCCGUCGCCGGAGCCGCCUAGCCCUGCGCCGCCCAGCCCCGAGCCGCCUAGCCCGGAGCCUCCCAGCCCUCAGCCUCCGUCGCCGGAGCCACCUAGCCCUGCACCACCCAGCCCGGACCCGCCUAGCCCUGCACCGCCCAGUCCCGAGCCUCCGUCGCCGUCACCGCCGAGCCCUGUGCCGCCCAGCCCCGACCCUCCGUCGCCGGAGCCGCCCAGCCCGGACCCGCCUAGCCCUGCGCCGCCCAGUCCCGAGCCUCCGUCGCCGUCACCGCCGAGCCCUGCGCCGCCCAGCCCGGAGCCUCCCAGCCCCGAACCUCCGUCGCCGGAGCCGCCUAAUCCUGCGCCGCCAAACCCAGUGCCGCCUAGCCCAGAGCCUCCCAGCCCGGAGCCUCCCAGCCCCGAGCCUCCGUCGCCGGAGCCUCCGAGCCCUGCGCCGCCCAGCCCGGAGCCUCCCAGCCCGGAUCCUCCCAGCCCCGAACCUCCGUCGCCGUCACCGCCUAGCCCUGCGCUGCCCAGACCCGACCCUCCGUCGCCAGAGCCGCCUAGCCCUGCGCCGCCCAGCCCCGAACCUCCUUCGCCGGAGCCGCCUAGCCCUGCGCCGCCCAGCCCGGAGCCUCCUAGCCCGGAGCUUCCCAGCCCGGAGCCUCCGUCGCCGGAGCCUCCGAGCCCUGCGCCGCCCAGCCCCGAACCUCCGUCGCCGGAGCCUCCGAGCCCUGCGCCGCCCAGCCCCGAACCUCCGUCGCCGGAGCCUCCGAGCCCUGCGCCGCCCAGCCCCGAACCUCCCAGCCCGGAUCCUCCCAGCCCCGAACCUCCGUCGCCGUCACCGCCUAGCCCUGCGCUGCCCAGACCCGACCCUCCGUCGCCGGAGCCGCCCAGCCCGGAGCCUCCCAGCCCCGAGCCUUCCAGCCCCGAGCCUCCGUCGCCAGAGCCGCCUAGCCCUGCGCCGCCCAGCCCGGAGCCUCCCAGCCCGGAGCCUCCCAGCCCCGAACCUCCGUCGCCGGAGCCGCCUAGCCCUGCACCGCCCAGCCCAGAGCCUCCCAGCCCGGUGCCUCCCAGCCCCGAGCCUCCGUCGCCAGAGCCGCCUAGCCCUGCGCCGCCCAGCCCAGAGCCGCCUAGCCCGGAGCCUCCUAGCCCUGCGCCUCCGUCGCCGGAGACUCCCAGCCCUGCGCCGCCAAGCCCGGAGCCUCCCAGCCCCGAGCCUCCGUCGCCGGAGCCGCCUAGCCCUGCGCCGCCCAGCCCGGAGCCUCCCAGCCCGGAGCCUCCAAGCCCCGAGCCUCCGUCGCCAGAGCCGCCUAGCCCUGCGCCGCCCAGCCCGGAGCCUCCUAGCCCGGGCCCGGAUCCACCGUCGCCGGAGCCUCCGAGCCCUGCGCCGCCCAGCCCCGAGCUUCCGUCGUCGGAGCCGCCCAGCCCUGCGCCGCCCAGCCCGGAGCCUCCCAGCCCGGAGCCUCCCAGCCCGGAGCCGCCCAGCCCCGAACCUCCUUUGCCGGAGCCGCCCAGCCCUGCGCCGCCCAGCCCGGAGCCUCCCCGCCCCGAGCCUUCGUCGCCGGAGCCGACUAGCCCUGCGCCGCCCAGCCCUGCGCCGCCCAGCCCGGUGCCUCCGUCGCCGGAGCCGCCCAGCCCUGCGCCGCCCAGCCCCGGACCUCCUUCGCCGGAGCCUCCCAGCCCUGUGCCGCCCAGCCCGGAGCCUCCCAGCCCCGAGCCUCCGUCGCCAGACCCGCCUAGGCCGGAGCCUCCCAGCAACGAACCUCCGUCGCCGGAGCCGCCUAAUCCCUCUCUGCUUCAGGGAGUGGUUCCGGGACCAGUUGACAUGACGCAGCUGUACUUGGCCGCGGGCAUCACAUUCCCAUCGUCCUCCAACUCCAGCAACACCACCACCGGCUCCUACGUGGUGACCGCCUCCAACCCGGACGUGGUGAGCCCCGACAACAGCACGCAGCUGCUUCGCAUCGUGGCGGGCCUGGCCGGCAUUGACAACUGCGUGCUGGUGCCGCCGGGCCUGGUGGGCUUCAGCGGCUACUUCGCGACGCUGCUGGCCAACGCUUCCAUCCAGCUCUACACCGGGGGCAUGUGCGACUCGGGCACGGAGAUGGGGGGCGCGUUGGCCAUUCCCGCCGCCGCCACAACAGCCGGCGCAAGCAGCAGCCCCAGCCCGUCGCCGGCGGCGCACAGGCGCAUGCUGCUCUCAGCUAGCUCAGCAAUGGGCGGUCGCCUCCGGCGCAUGCUAGAGGACAGCAAUGCGACCGCCGGCGGCAGCGGAGACAGUGCUGCUGGGGCGUCCAGUCCCGAGCCCGCCCCCAUUCCCCUGCAGCAACUGCAGGCGCCCGCGGACGUGUUUUCGGGCGGCCAGGUGGCAUUCAGCUUGCGCCUGUAUGCGCCGCUUAGUGAGGCUGGUGGGGCGGGCGACACGUCCGUGCGCAACGCCAUUGUUGCAGAUCAACUUAUAUUUAUGCUCCGUGUACUCCAAGAGCUAGUGCCCAUGCCGCCCAGCCCCCCAACGCCGUCGCCACGGACGGAGGUCUCCCCGGACACGCCCCCGGCCCCGCCUGUCCUGGAGGUGUUGUGGGCGGCCUCCAGCGCCGGCCCCGUGGACCCCUACGGCAACAGCACCGCCCUGGGCUCAGCCAGCCGCCUGCUGGGCGCGCCGCGGCCCGGCGCCGCCAAGCGCACCACGUGCGGCAACGACUGGGGUACCCUCACCUGGGUGCCCACCCUGCCCACGCCCCGCUGGGUGGCGGUGCGCUUCGCGGCUCCCUCCACUGCUGCCUCCGAUGCAAACGGCCCCGCCACCCCCACAAUCAACCUGUCUUCUGUGCGGCGGCUGGGCGUGUACGUGCUGAACCUGGGCCCCCUGUCGCCCGCCAUCACCCGCAUCGACCUGCUGCUGCUGCCGGAGGCGGAGGCGGCCAGCGCGGAGACGGCGUCCAUCAGCGGGGCGGCACAGGAGGACUGGCCGCUGGUUGAGGUGCCGGUGUACCUGGGGUCGGCGGGCGCGUCCGACCUGCAGUGCCCGGCGCUCAACUGGAUUGCUGUGGAGCCCAAGGCGGUGGCGCGGGCGGCGGCGAAGGCCGCAACAGCCAACAGCACCGCGGCCGCGGGCGCCACCGCCCGUGCCGUCAGCAAGGCGCCACAAGGCUGGGUGGUGGUGGGUGCGCGCCUGAGCGCCAGCAACGCACCCGUGGACAGCAAGGCCCAGCUGCCGCAGAUACACGCCCUGGGUCUGGAGUGGGAGGUGCGGCCGCCGCCUGCAGGAGGGGGGACGGCUGCGGGCACACCCGCGCAGCAGGCAGCCAGCAGCCGCGCCAAACGCCCGCCGCCCGUGCCACCACCCGCCGCGGCGGCGGCGGGGGCCGCAGCUGCUGACCGGAGCCGCAUCGCAGGCUCCAAGGGCCGACGCAGGCACCGCCGGUAGGGUGGCGAAUAAAGUAGGAUGCAUGCCUUCUUGUGCUGAUGCGUCUAUGCGCACCCAGCAGUGAAUAAAAUCUGCUUGUGUGCAGACUUAUUAGCCAUACACUGUGCAUGUGCACUGUGCAUGUGCACUGUGCAUGUGCGUGUGCUGAUGCGUCUAUGCGCCCUCAGCAGUAAUAGGAUGAUGCUUACGAGUACGCUUACCAGCCAUACACUGUGCAUGUGUGUGGGCGAACAGCUUUUAUGCGUGGGCGUUGUAAAAUAUACGAACAUUAUUCAAUGGGAUGGAGGUUGGGAACUUUGCAUAUAGGAUGGCCCGAGUCUCGAAUUCAGUGCGUGGCCUGGGUAGUCAGGUGGCAUGUUGCCCCCCUGGACAAAGGAUGUCGAGCCGCUGAGAUAGUGGCGCCUGCUGUGGGUUGACCGCCUGCAGUGGCACGAGCUGAGGCAGGCAUGCACGCCAUCACAGAGACGGGGUGUUGGAAAUGACGUCAUAGGCACGAGUACCGUACAGAUGCGUGGCAGGAGUUUCCCGGUGCGUCACGGCACGACCUAUGCCGGCGGAUUGUUCGAUUGGCACGGCCUGCAUGCAUGGCAUGUGGUUAUGACUUGCUUAUUAUUUAAUUAGUUCAAAUUGCGCCCUUCACGACAUGGCAUAGAUGCUGUUAGUUCAUAAAUCGCCAGGUCUCAGACCUGGGCUGGAAGGUACGUGAUCUGCGGUCAGUGUUUUGAAAUGUUCGUGCUACCGGUAGUGGCACGCGGGGUGACUGGUGAGGGUCACAAUGGGACGGUCGGAGUUAGUGUAGAUGGACAACGGCCACAGUUAGAAUGAGAUAAACAACUGGCUUUGUGUGGCUCAGACGCUCAGUGCCUGGCAUAGUGUAUGGGUCAGACACUCAGUGCGGUGGCUCUCUGCGGUGCUCAGUAGAGUAUCUGUCCCCGCUGGUCUGCGCUAACAGCGCUAAAGUGUUGACGAUAUAAUGCAUUG